AUGGCCCGCAGAGCACCCAGGUGGAGGGAAAGGGAGAUGCUGCUGCCUUCCGACGCUCGCCAGCAGCAGCAGCAGCAGCAGCAGCAGCAAGGAGAGCAGCAGCACCAGCUGCUGCUGCCGGAGCACCUGCUUCAUCCGCCCCAGCAGCUCCUUCAGCAAGAAGAACAGGGGCAGCAAGUGCAGCAGCAGCAGCUGCAGCGGCAGCAGCUGCAGCAGCAACUGCAGGAGGAGCCGCAGCAGCAGCAGCAUCGACGUGUGUCUUCGCCUUACCCUGAAGCCCCGGAGCCUUUUGCUUCUUUUGACGCAUCUGCUGCUGCAGCGGAGGCAGCAGCAGCAGCUGCUGCUGCUGCAGUUGUUGCUCCCGUCCUAGAAGAAGCAGCAGCAAACAUUGCAGCGCCAAUCGAAGAACUAGCAGCAGCAGCACAGCCUAUUGCCCCUAGCGAAUUCAGGCCCCGGCAGCAGCAACAGCAGCAGCAGCAGCAACUACGGCAGCAGCAGCGGCACCCGCAGCAGCUGCGGCACCCGCAGCAGCAACGGUAUCAUCAGCAGCAGCAGCCGUGGCAGCAGCGACACCAGCAGCAGCAGCUCUGGCAGCAGCAUCAGUCCUGGCAGCAGCAACAACUGCCGCCCUGGCAGCAGCAGCAGCCCUGGCAGCAGCAGCAGCAACAACUGCCUCCCUGGCAGGAGCAGCAGCUGCCACUCUGGCAGCAACAGCCACGGCAGCAGCAGCAGCAGCAGCAGCCAUGGCAGCAACAGCAGCAGAGGCCCUGGCAACCACGGCGACAUAAGCCUUGGCAGCAGCAGCAGCUUCCGCAGCGGCAGCCAAGACAAACAGAGCAGCAGCAGCAGCAGCAGCAACAAACUGAGCAGCAGCUAGCGGAGGCAGCAGCAGCAGCAGCGUGGCCAGUCCUAAGCAGAAGGAGUCCAACACGGCUUCCCAGAGCAGCAGCAGCAGCGGCAGCAGCAGCGCAGGCAGAAGCAGCCGCCGCCGCAGCAGCAGCACAGGCGGAAGCAGCAGCAGCAGCAGCAGCAACGGCAGCAGCAGAAGCACAAGCAGCAGCAGCAGCAAGCCUAACAAAUAAACUCGAAAGCAGCUGGAGCGACUCAGAAGCGCUGGCUCUAAGCACAGCAAUCCCUAGCCCGCUUCUGGGGUUUUCUGCAGCAGCAGCAGCAGAAGCAGCAGCAGGCACUUCCGUGCUGCAGCGCGUGCUGCAGCAGCAAGAACAAGUGCAGCAGCUCGUUGCUGCUCUCAGUGAAGGCGCCUGCGGGCCCGGCGGGCAGCAGCAGCAAAACAGCAUUGCAUGCGUGCUGCUGUACUCCAUUCCAAGAUUUAGGAUUUGUGGAACUCCAGGGAACCCCUGGAGCUGCGGCCGCAUCCAUUACUUAGUUGGCCCCCCGCCGCUUGCUGCUGCUGCUGCAGCUGGUGCUGGCAGCGCCGCUGCUGCUGCUCCUCCUGGCGGCGCUGCUGCUGCUGCUGCUGCUGCUACUGCUGCUUUUGCCAUCCCUUCCCCUCGCCCAGCCUCACCAGCAGCAGCAGCAGGCGCCAUAGCAGCCGCAGCAGCAGCAGCAACAGCAGCAGCAGCAAGCGCCAUAGCAGCCGCACCAGCAGCAGCAGCAGCAGCAGCAGGCGCCGUAGCAGCCGCACCAGCAGCAGCAGGCGCUAUAGCAGCUGCACCAGCAGCAGCAGCAGCAGCAGCAGCAGGCGCCAUAGCAACUGCACCAGCAGCAGCGGACGCCUUAGCAGCCGUACCAGCAGCAGCAAGCACCAUGGCAGCCGCACCAGCAGCAGCAGCAGCAGCAGUGACAGCAGCAGCAGCAGCAGCACGCGCCAUAUCAGCCGCACCAGCAGCAGCAGCAGCAGCAGCAGCAGAAGCAGCACCAUCAGCAGCAGCAGCAGCAACGGGUGCGCACGUGGGCUGGAAAAUAGCAGCAAUGAAAGAAAUAUUUUUUGAUGCAGCAAGCGGAGACAGGCUGCUGCUGUCUUUAAUCCCAUCAGUACCUCAGCAGCAGGUGGUUUGCUGCUACUUCUCAGACGCAAACAGCAGAGAGCAUGAUUUCCGUUGCGGCCGCUGCGAGACAGACGAUGCUGCCUUCCCAGCUUGUUUGCUGCUGCAGCCAGAGCAGCAGCAGCAGCAGCAGGAGCAGCAGCAGCGGCUGCUGCAGAUAGUCACCGAGCAGCAGCAGCAGCAACAACAGGAGCAGCAGCAGCAAUACCCACAGAGGCAGCAGCACCAGCUCCAAGGGCCCACAAUGGAUGAGCGCAGCGUAUAUGGCCAGCAGCAGCAGCAGCAGCAGCAGCUGCAGCAGCAGCUGCAGCAGCAGCAGCAGCAGAACAGCUAUUUUUACCCCCUCUCUCCCCACAGCCGCGUCAUGAGCGUUAGGGACGGCCGGAUAGCAACAGGAGACCGAUUGAGCAUGAGCGGGAUUUGCGUGGUUCUGUCUGGGGCCUUUGCUGCUGCUGCUGCUGCUGGCUGGGCCGGGGGAAGCGCGCAGCUGCUGCACUGCAGCAGCGGGGAAUGGAUUGCUGCUCCGCUGCUGCAGCUGACAGCAGCAGCAAAAGGUUUCCUGCUGCUGUCCACGCGCAGCGUGAGCUAUAAGGCAGUUGGGGGAGCGGACUUUGUUGCGCCAUUUCCGGGGGACUGGAUUGUGCUGCCUGGGGGCAUCUUGCAGGAGAUACCGCAGCAGCAGCAGCAGCAGCAGCAGCAGCAGCGGCAGCAGCAGCAGCAGCAGCAGCAGCACGAAGGGCUGAUGUCACAGGUAGAGCAGGUAGUCAAUGAGCUGCUGGGGCCAACGCCUGCAGCAGUGGCAAUCGUGGAGAGGCUGCAGCAGCGGCAGCGCAACAAGCUGCAGCAGCAGCAGCAGCAGCAGCAGCAGCAGGGACCGAAAGCAAAAGCACCAGCAGCCGCAGCGCCUGCAGCAAGCCAGCCCUAG